AUUUAAUUUGGGGUCACUUUCACAAAUUUGAAGGAUUGAAUUUGCAAUAUAACACCGAGUCAUAUUCCUAAAUCAUUGUCUUCUCUCUCCCUUUCUACACACACGCACUGAAAACACCUGAUCAUAUACUGAUUAACUGAUAUACAUAAUUCAUUUUGCUCUGUUCUGUGCAUUUUUCCGUCCCUUUUGAUGAUGGCUCAGGUUUACUCUUCUCCGUCUCAGAUGACUUUGCCGGUGAAUCCCAGUAUCAGUGACCCCUCUCUGCGAAGAACCGUGUUCAAGGCAAACAAUCUUAGUUUUCAUGAUGGAUCGAGGAUAUCUGUUGUGGACUUCAAUUUUAAAUCGAAGUUCAGAAGUCAGCGGGUUCUAUGCAUGUCAGUACAACAAGCAAGCAGGCCCAAGGUUGCAGUUUCACCAUUGUCACUUGAAGAUGCAAAAGAGCCACCAAUGCACUUGUACAAACCAAAGGAACCAUAUACAGGAACCAUUGUCUCAGUGGAGAGGCUUGUGGGCCCAAACGCUCCUGGGGAAACUUGUCACAUAGUGAUUGAUCAUGAUGGCAAAAUGCCUUAUUGGGAAGGGCAAAGUUAUGGUAUCAUUCCUCCAGGUGAAAAUCCAAAGAAGCCAGGUAGUCCUCAUAAUGUUCGUCUGUACUCUAUUGCUUCUACCCGAUAUGGGGACUUUUUUGAUGGCAAAACAGCUAGUUUUUGUGUUCGACGUGCUGUUUAUUACGAUCCUGAGACCGGAAAAGAGGAUCCUACCAAAAAAGGUGUAUGCAGCAAUUUUCUUUGUGAUUCUAAGCCUGGGGACAAAGUUAAGAUCACAGGUCCUUCUGGCAAGAUCAUGCUUCUGCCGGAAGAUAACCCAAAUGCAACCCACAUCAUGAUAGCAACUGGCACUGGUGUGGCUCCAUACAGGGGCUACCUUCGGCGCAUGUUCAUGGAAAAUGUCCCCUCUUUCAAGUUCGGUGGCCUUGCUUGGCUUUUCCUUGGGGUGGCUAAUGCGGACAGUCUACUCUACCAUGAUGAAUUCUCUAAUUAUCUCAAGGAAUACCCAGAUAAUUUCAGGUACGAUCUAGCGCUUAGCCGGGAGCAAAAGAACAAGAAUGGAGGCAAAAUGUAUGUUCAGGACAAAAUUGAAGAAUACAGUGAUGAAAUCUUCAAACUUCUUGAUAAUGGAGCACAUAUUUAUUUUUGUGGGCUUAAGGGCAUGAUGCCCGGGAUCCAAGACACAUUGAAGAGAGUUGCUGAAGAACGAGGGGAGAGUUGGGAUGAAAAGCUCUCACAACUCAAGAAGAACAAACAAUGGCAUGUUGAAGUCUAUUAAUUGAUAACAGCAUCUCUUCUCUCGUUAGGCCAAGUUAUUAAAAGAGAAAAUCUUCCUCUUUCUUCGGUGAUUUUGCAUUUUGUUUCCAUUCACUAGUUAUUCUGCUGUAUUCAGUUAUCAUUCUUCAUCAGAGCAAUGGUUACUUGCAGUGAAGCUUACUCCAUUGAUGUGUACUUCCAAGCUCCAACGGGGGCCAUUCAUUCCAAGUCUCCUGCGGUAACAUCUGAUGUUCCUUUGGUGUAACAUACAUCAUCAUCUUAGGAUCCUCUUAAUACUUUGGGGAUUGAUCAUGAACUGAUUAAUUUGUUACCAUUUUGAAUGUGCCUAUUUGUAAAAUCUCAUAUAAACCCCAGCAAAUAUUUAUAGUUUUCCGCGGCAACAAGCCAACAUCUAUUAUACUUUGAGACGCUGCGAAUCAUAUUUGUAUAUAUUACAGCGACGCUAGUGUUACGGCAAAAACUAAACCAAAUCAUGCAUUACAGCGACGCUAGUGUUUAUU